UUGUUGCAUUUACCUUUGUGCACGAAGGGACACCAAUGUUAAGGACAGGAGCACAGCCCCGCCCUCUGCUUCUAAGGACUGCAAACUAUCAGUACCAGCUUCUUAGAUAUCUUCUUCUUCCUGCCCAGCGUGGUGGUGGUGGUGGAAUCUAUUCCCCUCCUGAUCAUCUGGAGAAGAUACCUUGGUGGGAUUUAUAAUAGCUGCAAUGGUACUGGGAAGGAAGUUUCCAGGUCUCCUUCCUACGCUGCUUAUCCUGUUCUUCGUUGUGAAUAUUUUGUUUGUGAUGCACGUGAAACACGAAAUGGAGAGCCUGAGAAGGGGCCCCGGCGAACAUCGGGAGCAACGCGCUUUGGAUUCGGCGAAGGAGAAUGACUUCGUCGGACAUCUCGAAAAAAUAGAGACCAUGUUCCUCAAUCUAUCAAAUUACAUAAAAUUAUCAGAGGAGAGAAAGGCAGGAGCAAAUGAACCGAAAUUGCCACACCAGGAAAUACAGAAAGACCAACAAGGUGAGGAAAAGCGGAAGGAGCCUGAGGCGCCUCCCAGGAUGCGAUUCCCGGACUCCCCUCUUUUCCAGAGAUGGGGCAAAGAUUUAAUGGAGGACCAGCAAAUCCUAGCCCAGAAGCUUUUCGAUAAGUACGGGUACAAUGUUUACCUGAGUGAUCGCUUGCCUCUGGAAAGGCCUUUGGAGGAUACCAGGCCUCACAGAUGUCGCGAGAAACAAUAUGCGCAUGAUCUCCCAACCCUCAGUGUCGUCCUGAUAUUCUUUAACGAGGCUACCUCCAUCCUCCUCCGUGCCAUCACCAGCAUAAUUAACCGAACACCGUCUCACCUCCUGAAAGAAAUUGUCCUAAUUGAUGAUUUCAGUUCAAACGAGGAACUUAAAGCUCCUUUGGAAGAACAUAUCAAAAAGUUCAACGGCAAACAUCCCGGAUUGCUGAAAAUUGUGAGACACACAGAAAGGAAGGGUCUCACAGAAGCCCGCAUUUCUGGCUGGAAAGCAUCUCGGGCAGACGUGGUGGCUAUUUUGGAUGCGCAUAUUGAAGUCAACACGAAGUGGGCUGAACCAAUUCUCUCUCGCAUCAAGGAGGACCACACCGUUAUCAUAUCGCCCGUGUUUGAUAACAUCCGUUUUGAUGACUUCCAACUCACGCAGUACGCCGAGGCCGCCGACGGAUUUGACUGGGCUCUCUGGUGUCUCUACGAGUCACCACCAGAAGAGUGGUAUGCGCUGAAAGAUCAAACGGCGCCAAUCCGGAGUCCUUCUAUAAUGGGAAUACUUGCCGCGAACCGAGAAUAUUUGGGGAAAAUUGGUGUUCUGGAUGGUGGAAUGCACAUUUACGGAGGAGAAAAUGUGGAAUUGGGCCUCAGGGCUUGGCAGUGCGGCGGGAGUGUUGAGGUCUUGCCGUGCGCCAGGGUUGCACACCUGGAGCGAGCCCACAAGCCCUAUUUACCGGAUCUGUCCCUUUCUGUGAGGAGAAACGCCUUGCGUGUAGCAGAAGUGUGGAUGGAUGAAUAUAAAAACAUGGUCUACUACGCCUGGAACGUUCCUCUUGAGAAUUCUGGGAUAGAUUACGGAGAUGUUUCUUCUAGAAAAGAACUAAGGAAGCAACUGAACUGCAAAAGCUUUGAUUGGUAUAUCAAAAAUGUCUAUCCUAACUUGGUCCUCCAGGUUAACAUUGUAGGCUAUGGAACAAUGAAAAACAAGCUAAGUGAGGAAAAUUGCAUAGAUCAAGGACCAGUUCCUGGGAACACUCCCAUAUUGUACGUCUGCCAUGGAUAUAGCCCACAGCACAUGUUCUAUCACAGCACUGGAGAAUUCUUUGUGGGAGGUUUACGAUCUCGGCGCAACACGGUUGACAGAUGCUUGACCGACCCCGGAGAAGGAAACCUGCCAGUCAUCGAGCAAUGUGACGAAGCCCAGAGAAAAGGCCUCAACAUGCACUGGGAUUUCAUGCAAGGAUCAUCUGUAACCAACAGGAAGACGAAACGGUGUCUUGAACUCGCGAAGCUUAACGGAUCCCCCUAUUAUACUCUAGUUAUGCAAGUUUGCACAGGUCAAAAAUGGCAUAUUCAAAACACCGUCAACCAAUGGGGGAAGCAGCCGUAAGGCAGUUCAGAAAGGAAGCUUCAGGGUAGCAGAGACUAAUGGGAAUAGACUUCUUUGUUCAGUCCGGGAAUACGUUGGAGGAUUGUUACUUGAUUUUUGAUUCCGGGGUGUGAGAUUACUCACGACCACGACUGAGUCCCAAAUUUCUGCUGCUAAGCAAGAUGGUUGUUAAGUGAGUUUUGCCCUGUCUUACGACCUUACUUGCCAGAGUUGCUCCUUUG